GCAAAACGAAGGCUGGAGCUUGGAGAAAGUGGCCACCAGUAUCUUGCUGAAGGACUAAAGACUCCCAAGGGGAAAGGAAGAGCUGCAACAAGAAGUCCAGAUAGUCCAAAAACUCCAAAAUCUCCUUCAGAAAAGACUCGGUAUGAUACAUCACUUGGCCUUCUUACAAAGAAGUUCAUUCAGUUGCUGAGCCAAUCUCCUGAUGGGGUCUUAGAUUUGAACAGAGCAGCAGAGGUCCUCAAGGUGCAAAAAAGGAGGAUUUACGAUAUCACCAAUGUACUGGAAGGCAUCCAUCUCAUUAAGAAAAAAUCCAAAAACAACAUUCAGUGGAUGGGCUGCAGUCUGUCCGAGGAUGGCGGCAUGCUGGCACAACGUCAGGGCCUCGCCAAGGAGGUGACUGAACUGACUCAGGAAGAGAAGAAACUGGAUGAGCUAAUCCAAAGCUGCACCCUGGACCUCAAGUUGCUAACGGAGGACUCAGAGAAUCAAAGAUUAGCUUACGUGACAUAUCAAGAUAUUAGAAAAAUUAGUGGCCUUAAAGACCAAACUGUUAUAGUUGUGAAAGCUCCUCCAGAAACAAGACUUGAAGUGCCUGACCCAGUGGAGAGUGCAUUGAUACAUUUGUCUAGUACUCAAGGACCUAUUGAAGUUUAUCUGUGCCCAGAGGAAAACGAUGCCCUCAGUCCAAUGAAAACCUACAGUCAGGACCACAACGGGAACAUUUCCAAAACCAUUUCCAAAGAAGUGGCUUCUGCUAACUCAGGACAAGGUGACUGCUCAGUAAAUAUGGCAACAAUCUCUCCACUGGCUUCUCCAGCCAACCUUCUACAGCAGACCGAGGACCAAAUUCCCUCAAACUUUGAAGGACCAUUUGUGAAUUUGCUGCCUCCUCUGCUUCAGGAAGAUUAUUUGCUGAGCCUUGGGGAUGAAGAAGGCAUCAGUGACCUCUUUGAUGCUUAUGAUUUAGAGAAGCUUCCUUCAUUGGUGGAUGAAUUUAUAUACAGCUGAUUCUCUUAAACGCUGUCCAUAUCUAAACCAUGUUUUUAAUGGAAUCCAAAAACCUGCCAUCAUUCAGAGUCGUUCCUUACUUACUAUGAAAUAGCAUUAUUAAAUAAACUAGGCUCUCAAACAGUGCUGAGAUUUUAAUUAAGUACUCCCUAAAAUACUAGAAACAAGAAGUGAAGGCUUUUUUCCAGCAAGGCCUUCUCCUUGACCUUGAGCUCCAGCGCCUUGUGAGUCAGCAAGUGCAAGCAGGUGACCAGAAAUGUUUUGUGUUCACACUCCCCC